AGCCUGCGGAGGAAGUACUGGGACCGUCAGGGUGAAACAGUCUGUGGAGGGAAGCGCAGUCAGGCAGCGGAGGAGAAGGUGACAUAUCGGCUGCUCAUAAUCGGCAGAAUUCACCCAUAUCGAUAUUUCAUUUUAGAGCUUUUAUCGGCCGAUACCGUUGACGUGCCGAUAAUAUCGUGCAUUCCUACAUCAAACCCAUUCUGAAAUGAGGAAGGAGAGCUGAAGUCUAACAAGCCCUUCUCCAUGACAGCUGAAGUUAUGUGUUGUACUGUGUAUGCUGCGUGAAAACCCUCUCAGCCGAGAGGUGUGUAUCUGUCAGAGGCAGCGACCCACAUACAUGCAUGGAUAGCUUGGGGCACAUGGGUGGAAAGGUUGUCCGUCAGACACUGGAGUACGCCGUAGUCCGACGUUCACGAACCGCACCUGAAGGCAGCACAACACAUCCACACUGUCCCAGCAAUUCACCGCACACACAGCCGCUACCUGCCGAGCGGGAUGGACGUAUCCUCCGGUGGUCCCAGUUCCAUCCUCAGCCCAGCGGAGCCGCGGGGGAAGCCAGGACCGACAUGACAGCGCCGGCACGGGAGAAAAAAUCCCGCCAGCAGCCGCGGGUGAGCGUCCGGCCGGAGGUGGUGUUGGCUGCGGGUCGCUACGCUGUACUGGCCGCCCUGUGCGCCCUGUGCUACAGCAACUCUCUCCGCGGGGAGUUGGUGCACGACGAUGUUUGGGCUAUCAUCAACAACCCGGACGUCCGACCAGGCUCCAGCCUCAGAAACAUCUUCAGCAACGACUUCUGGGGCAAGAGGAUGGCGGACAACACGAGCCACAAGUCCUACAGACCGCUGUGCAUCCUCACCUUCAAGUUGAACAUCCUGCUGGGUGGCAUGACGCCUCUGUAUUUCCACAUCGUCAACGUGUGUCUGCACUGCGCCGUAACUUGCCUGCUCAUGCACACGUGUGACCGCUGCGUGUUCGAAGACCCACGUCUGGCGUUCGUCACGGCGCUCCUCUUCGCCGUGCAUCCUGUCCACACUGAGGCCGUGUCUGGUAUCGUGGGCAGGGCUGACGUCUUGGCCUGUCUGCUGUUCUUGCUGACGUUCCUCUCCUAUAUUAGGAGCGUGGGUGUAUGUGUCUCUGAGGAUUCUCUGCCCUCCACGGUGUCGGUGUGGUCUCUGCUCGUCAGUCUGCUGCUGGGUACCUGCGCCAUGCUGGUGAAGGAGACGGGCAUCACCGUGUUCGGAGUGUGCGUGCUCUACGACGCCCUGGUGUUCUGCCGCAAGCCUCUCAUUUAUCACCUGUCUGGCUCCAGACUCAGGGACCUUUUCCACAUCUGCAGCCCCUUCAUCAAACGAGCCGGCCUCAUCUCUGGCUAUGUGGUGAUCAUCAUGUCGGUCAGGCUGUGGCUGAUGGGAGGAUCCAUGCCUCUCUUCUCUGAGCAGGACAACCCCGCCUCCUUCUCGCCUCACCUGCUCACCAGGAUUUUGACCUACUCUUACCUGUUGUCCUUUAACGCCUGGCUGCUGCUGGCCCCCAUCGUGCUGUGUUACGACUGGCAGGUGGGCAGCAUUCCCCUGGUGGAGUCGUUUGGCGAUGUGCGCAACGUUGCCACUGUGCUGCUGGCUGUGGUGAUGGUCGCCCUCUGCUUGCACUGCGUCCUCUCACUGCAGAGACAGGAGAGCAGGGAAGUGUUGGUGGGAAUGUUGUUCCUGGUGUUUCCUUUCAUUCCUGCCAGUAACCUUUUCUUCAGGGUGGGAUUUGUCGUGGCUGAGAGGGUUCUCUACAUGCCGAGUAUGGGUUACUGUAUCCUGGUGGCUCAUGGACUGGGUCGGCUGUGUUCAGUGGUGGGCCGGUGGGGCACCACAGUCCUCAGUGUCUCCAUGCUGCUGCUGCUCCUGCUCUUCUCCUGGAAGACCGUCCAGCAGAAUCACGUCUGGCUCUCUAGGGAGGCCCUCUUCCGCUCUGGUAUCCAGACUCUGCCUCACAAUGCCAAAGUCCACUACAACUACGCCAACUUCCUGAAAGACAGCGGUCGACACCAAGAGGCCAUUCACCACUACACCACUGCCCUCAGGUUAUACCCCCGCCAUGCCAGCGCCAUGAACAAUCUUGGCACUCUGACACGCAGCCCAGAGGAGGCCGAGCGCUACUACAGGAAAGCACUGGACACCAACCCUCAGCAUAACCGAGCUCUCUUCAAUCUGGGAAACCUCCUCAAGUCCCAAGGGAAGGAGAAAGAGGCUGAGACGCUGCUGAAAGACUCCAUACGCUUCGGUCCACAUUUUGCAGAUGCUUACUCCAGUCUGGCUUCACUCUAUGCUGAACAGAAACGCUUUCCUGAAGCCAAUGAAGUGUAUGUGAAAGGUAUAGAGAACUGUCCUGACAGCUCCGACCUGCAUAAUAACUACGGAGUGUUUCUGGUGGAUACGGGAGAAGGAGAGCUGGCAGCCGCUCACUACCAGCAAGCUGUUCGACUCAAACCGGCACACUACGUUGCCAUGGUGAACCUGGGCCGCCUGCUCCGCUCCUCCAAUGAGAACAAAGAGGCCGAGUCUUGGUACAAGAGGGCCCUGCAGGUGACGAGGAAGGUGGACAUCCUGACACCUCUGGGGGCGUUGUACUAUAACACCGGACGCUACGAAGAGGCCUUGCAGGUGUACAGAGAGGCUGCCGCCCUGCAGCCAGGCAGCACCGACAUCUGGCUGGCUCUGGCUCAGGUUUUAGCCAUGGCCGGUCGUACCAAAGAGGCAGAGAAGAUGACCCUGGACAUCAUAUCCAGAGAGGGCAGCUGUAUUGAAUGUUACCGCCUCUUGUCUGCCAUCUACAGCAAGCGGGGCAACUACACAGAGGCUCUGGAUGCUCUGGACAGAGCCCUGCAGCAGAAUCCCAGUGACCUGACAGUGAGAGCAGAGCUGUAUUUCUCCAAAGGAAACCAGCUCCGAGAGAUGAACCAGCUGGACCGAGCUUUCGAGAGCUACAAGCUGGCUGUGGAACUCAAACCUGACCAAUCCCAGGCCUGGAUGAACAUGGGAGGGAUUCAGCACAUCAAGGGAGACUAUGCAGCAGCCAGGAUGUACUACCAGAGAGCCCUGCUUCUCAGCCCUGGUUCCAAACUUCUGAAGGAAAACCUGGCUAAGCUGGAUCGGCUGGAGAGGAGACUGACAGGGGGGGCAUAGACCACAACAGUUCCCCUGGAUGCUGCACCGUCCAGGGCACAAAUCAAGGGAGUAGGGCACUGGCCGGCCCUCUGGUGCCCAAACACCAGCCACCAGGCUGCUGGAUAAAACGGACCUGGGUACUAUGACAACCUUCCUUUGUGAGAGCAGAGGAGGAAGGUGAACUUGUCAGGACUGCAGGGUGUUCGGAGACGGACUGGGUGUCCUGGAGAUCGGUCAAGCCACAGUCCAGAAGCCUUUCCUAGUGUAAGCAGAAGGGACUGGCUAGUUGAAGACCACUGGGAGCUCCAUGCAUAGCCCAGUCUGCAUCAGCUUUACUUCAACCUACACAUAUGCUGCAGACAUUUGAGUUGAAUUGAUUUAUUAUUUAGGUUCAUGUGAAGUUUUUUCUUUCUUGCACUUAAACACAGAUUAUAAUUCAAUCCUGCCUAUGAGAAUUAUUCAUGUAUUCAAAUUAGUGAAGUGAAAGUGUGUGCUAAAACUUGUUGAUGAAGGGAACGAGUGUGGAAGUUCAUUCUGGAACUUUGGGAACAGUAUGUAUAACAAAAUCUAAGCUCAGAGGUUAAUUUAACCAACUUUUCAGAGCUUUCAACCCCAUCUCAUGGUCUUCAACUGGGAUCAAGGGGUUCAUUGAGCAGGAGUCGGUGGAUGGUUAAAGAAAGAUCAAGGACAUUCACAUUUGACUGCAGAGAGGAGAGAUGGGACAAAGUCAUUGUUUUGCAAGUUACAAAUAAGUCUCAAGUCUUGGCUAUUAAGUCUGGGAAGUCAAGACAUCCCCUAACAUAAUAUGAAUAAAGGUUUGAAUAAAAGAUUGUGACAACUGAAAUUGACUUAAGGAGCUAGAUUGUUUCUCCAGAGGUUUUCCACUCUGUUGGCCUUGCUAAUCUACAGUUGUGCGUCUUUUACCUCACACAUGGUCUUUGGCUGAGCACCUUCACCACAGCCAAGUUUCAUUUUACUAUUUAUAAUCUACAGUGUUAAUAUUAAAGGGUUACUGCAAAUAUUUUGUAUUGCACUUCCAUAAAGUGAAAGACUGAAAAAAUGGUCAAAUUGAUGCAGGUGGAGAUAACCUGACUUUUAGUCCCUAGCAUGGGUCAAGCUUCAAAAGCAGUGGAUCCUACAUUUAGCAUUUUUAGUGUGACCCUCCCUGCCAAGUAAGUCUCCAAUGUCUCCAUGCCCAGUUUGUAAUGCAGGCUUUCUGUUCUAGAUUUGUAGUCUCUAAGCCCAAACUGAUAUAACCCUGAUCACAUCACUAUGACAUCAUCAGACAUCAUAGAGAGAGCUCCUGCAGAGCCACAGCAGACAUUAUACAACUACACAGUCAACCAGCCUCUGUACUUGAUGUGUCAAAUUAGUGGAGUGCACCUUUAAGUAACUACAAGUGACAUAAUCAGCCACAACAAUUGUCCUUUAAAUAGACAAAACCUGAAUGCCUUAAUGUCCCGAUGUGAUAAUCUGCAGUAUCAUCUGUAAUCUGUCUGCACUGCCAAAUGCACCUUUCCAUCCUGCUCAUGCAACCCCAUUGGCUGCUGUCAGAUUCAAAAUAUACCCAUUAUCAGGAAAAUGAAGAAUAGAUUCUCCACACACAUUUUUGUGGCAUAAAUUUUGAAUCUUAGGGUUUGCCUUCCAAACUUAUAGGUUAUGUUAUGACACUUGAGCGAGCUCCAGUCACUAAAGAAGGCCAUGACAUACAGUUGAAAGCUCCAAAAAGCAUUUAAGUGGACUUUUGGGCUUUAAUUAUGUUGUUAUACAUUAAGGGAAUGGUUUGAUACCAGGUUCUAUUUAAUCCCACUCCCUGUCGGAGUAUAUCAGUGAAUAUAACAGUGGAAGCUCUCACAUUAGAAUAGAAAUGAAAUAAGAUCCAUAACAACUGCUUUCUCAUUUGACAUAAACCAUACCAAGUUUAUUUGACCUCCAUGUGUAGGACUGGCUGCAGUAUAUGACCUGAUGUCACAAGCCUUCUGCGAGUAUAAUAAGCUAGUGUGUGUGCUCCUGUGUGAGGAGCUGAAAAUCAUGGCUUCAUGCAUACCAUAACCUCUGAAGAUUGCUGUUUGGUUGCUUGUUGUGGUUUUGUUGAUUUUGAUGUUGAUUGUGAAUGAAUUUUGUUGUGGAAUGACAAUGGGAUGAAAAUGAAGUGACUAGUGCAAUGACUGACUUGCACCAAGAAAAUAAAGUAUAUGUUUUAUUAAA